AUGGAACGCCUGGCGUAUAGCAACAAUCAUCAGUGUUACGACAUCUGUGGUGCUUCUCAGUCUAACAUCGAGCUGGUGGAGGAAAUGGAGGCUCUGAGAGAGGAUCUGGACUGUGCUGACCUGCAGCGUAUACGCCAGCUGGAAAACAGCCUAGAAAAGAUGAAAAUGAAGAUCACUCAAGCGAAAAAGAUCCAGAACGUCUAUCAAGACGUCCGUGAGCACCUGCAGCAGGUCAGGAUGGUUCAGAUGGAACAUGAGACAAUGGCAAAGAAGAGAGAAAUGGAUAUUGAGCUAUGUGAACUGAGCGCAGAAGAAAAGGAGCUGAAAAGGCUGAUAGAAACACAUCUUAGCCCCACAGGCCAGAGUAGGCUCAAUGUGCAGGAAAUUGAAGAAUUGAAGUCAAUUCCUGCCACAGAUCAUCAGUGUUACGACAUCUGUGGUGCUUCUCAGUCUGACAUCGAGCUGGUGGAGGAAAUGGAGGCUCUGAGAGAGGAUCUGGACUGUGCUGACCUGCAGGAACUAGUUACCAAGAUAUCGUUGCAGCGAGCCACCACAGAGCAGCUCCUCACUGAGUUGACCCAGCAAGAGGAACUGGCCAAGCAGGAGGCCAACACCCUGACGGAACUGGAGCUGCAGUUUGAUAAGCUGAAGGGGGAAAGGCAGGCAGCGCUGAAUCAGGAAGUGUGCCGUGUUGAAGCACUGCAGGCCGAGCUGCAGCAGUGUCAGGACCUGCUGAACACUGUGGAGCAGGGGGUCGACAACGUCUACCUCAGGAUGAGCUGCGUUCCUGUGGAGGGGCUGCCAAGUGCAUCCAGUACUGAGAGCAUAGACAAAUUGAGGGACGUCAGCCUCCGCCUGCCAACAUUACUGCAAAGAGCAUCGCAGCACAAACCUGAGACCAGCGGCCUGGACCAAGAGAGGCUCAACAGGAUGGAGUCGAGGAACAUUAGCAGACCAAGCACCCCGAUACACUCUCCCCCUCUCAGUGAUGAUGAGAAAGUGCUGUCCAUCCUGCGAGAAAAUCAAGCGCCGCAGCCUCAGACUGAUUGAAUCUGAGCAGAACAAGCAGUCGUCGAGGAGAGCCAGGAGGAAGCAGUAGAUACACCACACAGUGGCUAUGAUGAGACGCAUGCAAUAAACAAGAGAACAUACUUUUCAAUUCCUUUUCUAUUCUGGACUAAAUUACUGUUACAGUAAGUGCAAUAAUGGUAUUAAUGUGAAUUAUUUUGGGCUGGUACACGGUUAAUACCCCUCCACAAAUAUACUUCUUACAUUCAGCAAAAUGUGUACACAUGAGCAAGGCACAAAGACAACCUUAGGUGAGAACUUAAAACUGCAGAGCAGAUAUUGGACCACUUGGUGGGAGCAUUUUGUAACUAAUCUAAAGAGAACUGAUGCACGUGUUGAGCCUGGAGGCAGGUUUAUCCAUCAAACUGGGGCAUGACUGGAUCUAUCCCAGCUGGAAGAGUCUGGCAUGGAGCACGCCUGUCUUACUAUAUUUAGCACAUAUGGGCCGCUCUACCCAUUGGUUCAAAGUCAGGGUUGGAAAUAUUUUGAAAUUUGUAUGUUUUCUUCCUAAAACUUUGUCCAUAUACGGUAUAUAUUUAGUACCAUAUCUAUAUCUAAAAAUAGAGUGGGACCCAGAUUUCCCUCAAAUAAAAUCCGCCUGUUUGCUAUUCUGGCUCCAAAAUGGGG